AUGGCUGAUUUUGUUUUUGUGUACAGCACUGCUGCCGGAGGUGUGAUGGAUGUCAACACCGCUCUCCCUGAGGUGCUCAAGACCGCACUCAUUCACGAUGGCCUUGCCCGUGGUAUCCGUGAGGCUGCCAAAGCCCUGGACAAGCGUCAGGCCCAUCUCUGUGUCCUGGCUGCCAACUGUGACGAGCCCAUGUACGUCAAGCUGGUAGAGGCCCUCUGUGCCGAGCACCAGAUCAACCUGAUCAAGGUUGAUGAUAACAAGAAGCUCGGGGAGUGGGUCGGACUGUGCAAAAUCGACCGUGAGGGAAAACCCCGCAAGGUGGUUGGCUGCAGUUGUGUUGUUGUCAAGGAUUAUGGCAAAGAGUCUCAGGCCAAGGAUGUGAUUGAGGAAUACUUCAAAGCCAAGAAAUGA